AUGCUGCUGGCGCUGGCCGCGGCCGCGACUGGGCUCCUGCCCACUGCCAGCAGUGCGGCGGAUGCUAUAUGGACCUACUUAAUGCCGCUCUCAGCUUCUCUCAUUCUUCUGGAGGGCGACCUCUCACAGCUGCUGAGCAGCGCGGGGCCCACCCUGGUGGCGUUUGUGAUUGGUGCCAUCGGAACCGUGGUGGGAACCACGGUGGCCUUUUGGCUGGUGGGCCCACGCCUCGGCCCAGACGGCUACAAGGUGGCGGCAUCGCUGUGCGCUUCCUACAUAGGCGGCUCAGUGAAUUUCGCCGCCGUGAGCCAGGCGGUGGGCCUCGCCCCGGGGCCGGUGCUGGCUGGGGCAAUGACGGCCGACAAUUGCGUCAUGGCGCUGUACAUCGCCACAAUCAUGUCCAUCCCAGCCGAGGGCAAGAAGCCAGCAGCUGCGCAGCACGGCAGCGCGUCAGGCCCCGGCGGCAGUAUCCCGACACCAGUGACUGGCGAGAGCCUGGCACUGUCGAUGGCCGCAGCAGCGCUGGCCUGCACCCUGGGCAACCACCUUGCGGCAGCAGCCGGAGUGGCGAGCAGCGGGCUCGCUGUGAUGGCGGUGCUCUCCUCGGGCCUCGCCAUGCUAGGAUCCAGACUUGCAGCACAGUUCAGCCGGACCAAGCCGCAGGCAGACAGCGCAGCAGCGGCAGCAGCGGCGCAGUCGCCGCCUAUCCAUAGCAGCGAGCAGCCACCACAGCAGGGUGCAGCACCCAUCCACCUGGGAAUCUGCCUUGCUGGCGGCAGGCUGCUACGGCUGCCCAUGAAAGCCGUGCUCAUCGCAUCCAACGCCAACGUGGGUGGCCCCGCCACGGCAGCUGCCAUGGCUACCUCCAAGGGCUGGCAGGACAUGAUCCAGCCAGCCAUGCUGACGGGCAGCUUGGGGUAUGCGAUCGCCAACGGGAUCGGGCUCGCCAUGGGGCAGUGGAUGCACAGCUGGCAUGUUUUUGUGUGA